CCAAGAUUCAUUAUUGAGGACUGCAGAUGAAGAAAUAAGACCAAUGGAAUCAUAUUAAUUAAACCUCGUGUGAAGAAACUGCAGAGAGUGAGAUAUCAAAGAAAAAGAAAAUGAUAGCGGAAAGCCACCUUUCGAAAAUUAACACAUACAACGUUCAAAUCGGCGGCGUGGAUGUCAAAACUCGAGUGGUCGACGACACAAAGCUUGUGCCGGCAGCUCUGGCAGAGCUGGGGGUCGGCGGCGUCGGCGACGGCGGAGCACAUCCCAUCGUCGGGGUGGACGUGAAGGUAUCCUCGAAUCUGUUCGGAAGGGGCAAAAGAUGCGAUCUGUUGAUCCUAUGCACCAGAUCCAACUGCCUAAUUCUUCGAUUGGAUCCCAUGAGAUUCUGCCUUGAUUCUGACUCUCAAACCGUCACUGAUUUCCUGAGCUUUAAGGAUGUUUCUUUCGUGUGUCCCAAUGGAUUUAGAAAGAGGACUCGUGGUCUACCGCUGUUUGUAUACGCUAAUCACACCAUUACGACGUACGGGCGUUUCCGGAAAACAACCCGAAACGCGUCCUUUGACUGCUCGGAGAUUGGGGCCGUUGAGGUCGGAUAUUACGCCGCCAGGGCUCUGAGAAACCCCAAGCUUCUCAAGUGUGAGUCGUUCAGUAAACUGGGGAAGGAAGCAGGGGUGGACCUCACUACUGGGAAUUCAGAUAAUGGAAAAAUGGUCAAACGGCGACCAAAGUGGGACGCUGAGGUUUUCUCCGAUGAGGAAGUUCUCUCUGUUAUGCAUGAUGCUGCUGCCUGCUAUCGUAUUGUCCACAAGCUUCUUCAGUCUCCAUGAGUAAUAAAUCUCAGGAUCUUAUCUGGCUUUUCCCAGCCACCAAUUUCCAGUACUUUUAAGUUUCCUUUAAUUAGCUGGGUGCACGUACGGGAAGUCUAAAACUGCUUCUAUCUACUCCGUAUUUGUCAUUAUUAUGUUAUGGCUAUUUUAUAAGCUCAACUCCAAUAUCAUGUGUAGUUUAUGCUUCUAUUUGGUGGGUUAUGGCAUUCUUAGCUUUGUUGAAUUAUGUAUGAUGUUGUAAGUAAUGAAAUCUGUGUGGUAGUCGCUCUUUCGGCUAAUCAGAUGUACUAUCGUAUCUUGUACCAAAUAUUAAAAGCUCUCUAUCGGCUACUCACAAAACUAAUAAACUGGUCGCACACUAGAAGUGAAGAUCAUGUAGGAUACUUGAGUUGGUUAUCUGGUUCCAUUGGUAGGAUGAAUAUUACUUAUGAUUGCCCCUUUACACUCAAUUGGGUUAUUAUACAAUUCCAACUAUGCUUG